ACAUAUGUAAUAAUGUAUAAAUUAUCAAUAAUUUUAUUAGCCUGAUAUGUUUAUUAAGUUUUAAAAAUACAUUUUAUGGAUUAAAUCCUACUAAAAUAUUCCUAUCAAAAAUCGAUGAUUUUAGGAACGCAGAGAACUUCAGUUCUUUUACGCUCGACCGUAGAAUAGGGAGUAUAAAAUGGCGAAAUCGAAGGAAAAGAAAAGCAAAAGUGCUAUUAACGAGGUUGUUACUCGUGAAUAUACAGUGAACCUCCACAAACGUCUCCAUGGAGUUGGAUUCAAAAAACGUGCUCCACGAGCCAUCAAAGAAAUUCGCAAAUUUGCUGAGAAACAAAUGGGAACUCCAGAUGUGAGGAUUGAUACACGACUCAACAAACAACUUUGGUCUAAAGGAAUUAGGAAUGUACCAUUCAGAGUUCGUGUACGAUUAAGCAGAAGAAGAAAUGACGAUGAAGAUUCUGCCAAUAAGCUGUAUACCCUUGUUACGUACAUACCAGUUAGUUCAUUCAAAGGUUUACAGACAGAAAAUGUUGACUCAAGCCAAGAUUGAUUUAUUUCUAAUUAAUAAAUAGGUUUCACCAA